AUGUUCGCAGAGACUACGACGAGUGUAAGGCUGUCAUCAAAGAGCAGCUCCAGGAGUCUCAUGGGCUGUGCGAAUAUGCAGUCUAUGUUCAAGACGUGUUCAAUUCUGAACCCUCGGAGCGCUGACAACCUCAAACAGGUGGCACGAUCGCUGUUUCUUUUGGGGAAACACAAGGCAGCCAUUGAAGUGUACAAUGAAGCAGCUAAACUCGAUGAAAAGGACUGGGAGAUCAGCCACAAUCUAGGUGUGUGCUACAUGUACCUGAAACACUUCAACAAGGCACGAGACCAGCUGAACAAUGCCCUGGAGCUCAACAAACAUGAUCUGACUUACAUGAUGCUGGGGAAAAUUCAUCUAUUGGAGGGGGAGACGGAUAAAGCCAUUGAAGUCUACAAGAAAGCUGUAGAGUUUUCCCCAGAAAAUGCAGACCUCCUUACAACACUGGGGUUACUUUACUUGCAGCUUGGGGAUUACCCGAAGGCUUUUGAACACCUUGGAAACGCGCUUACUUACGACCCAGGCAACUACAAGGCUACCUUGGCGGCUGGCAGCAUGAUGCAAGCCCAUGGAGAUUUUGACGUUGCCCUCUCCAAAUACAGGGUGGUAGCCAGCACCGUGCCUGAAAGCCCCCCGCUGUGGAACAACAUUGGGAUGUGCUUCUUUGGGAAGAAGAAGUAUGUAGCAGCUAUCAGCUGCCUGAAGCGGGCAAACUACUUGGCUCCCUUUGACUGGAAGAUCUUGUACAAUUUGGGGUUAGUCCACCUCACGAUGCAGCAGUAUGCAUCGGCCUUCCACUUCCUCAGCGCAGCCAUCAACUUCCAGCCCAAGAUGGGAGAGCUGUAUAUGCUACUUGCAGUUGCUCUGACAAACCUCGAAGACAUUGAGAAUGCAAAACAUUCCUAUGAGCAAGCUGUGGCACUGGACAAGUGCAACCCCCUCGUUAACCUGAACUACGCUGUCCUGCUGUAUAACCAGGGCGACAAGAAGGGAGCCCUCUGCCAGUACCAGGAGAUGGAGAAGAAGGUCAAUGCAAUGAAAGAGAGCAGUACUCUUGACUUUGACCCUGAGAUGGUGGAGGUUGCCCAGAAGAUGGGAGCUGCCCUGCAGGUGGGGGAGAGCCUGGUCUGGACUAAGCCUGCUAAAGAGUCUAAAUCCAAGCAGCGAGCUGCUCCGUCAGGGAAAUCCUCCAGCACUCAGCAGCCUUUGGGCUCGAACCAGGCCCUGGGUCAAGCCAUGUCUUCAGCUGCGGGGUAUGGGAAAACCAUGCAGCUUCCGUCAGGUGCUGGAGCUUCAGCUCCACUUGCAAAGCCUCCCUCACUGCCUCUGGAACCAGAAUCGGGCUCAGAAACGAGCCCUGAGGAGACCUCGGCGCUAGCAGGGGCUGAGGAACAGCGGAAAGAAAAGCGCAAGAGCCAGCAGGCGGCGGACUAG